AUGAAUUUAACACUUAAAGAUUUUCAUGUGCCCAAUGAAUGGAAUGUAAAAUCUAUAAAUGACAACUCAUUUAUACAAGAAUGCUAUCAAAAAGCAAUCGAAAUGAAUAUAUAUGAUAAAAGUGAUGAAAAAGGUAAAGCUGUUAUGUACCAUGCUUUGACAGUUUGUCCUGCAUUCUGGCCCACUGUAACCUAUGACCAAUUGGUACUUUCAGGUUAUUUGAUGCUAUGGUUGAUUUUAUUUGAUGAUGAUUUGGACACUGUUUUUAUUCCAGAUGACGAAGCCACCGAAAUUAUAAAUAGAACCGAAUUGAUUUUUUUAGAAGGAAUUCUACCCACCAACCCCACUAAAAAAGAAGAGUUUACACUUUUUUUUAGAAAUCAAGUUUUAAAAAUGAGUGGUAAUAGAUUAGAUAUGUUUAAUCUAUUUUUAAAUUAUACUAUUCAAUGGAUCCAUUCAAUUAUUCCAUUAAAUAAAACAAUUGAACCCCAUAUGGAUUUGUUUUUAUUUAUUAGAAAAUUAAAUGUUGGUGUUUAUCCAUUAAUUGGUUUAUCGUGUAUAUUUUUUUCCAAUGAUAAAAUUGACCAAUCAUUAUUUUUAAAUCCAAGAUGGUUAAAAUUAUGUGAAGCCACCUCUAUCGUCACCGCUUUGUAUAAUGAUUGUGUCAGCUAUGCAAAAGAGGUUAAAGGAAAUGCUGGUGUCAACAACUGUUUAUGGUUCCUCCAAAAAAAGAACAACACCUCAAUUCAAGAUACUUUUAAGUAUAUUUGUGAAAAAUCAAAUAUGUAUAUUAAAGAGUUCCAAAACCAUGAAGAAAAAUUAUUAAAUCAGUAUAAUAAUAUUCAGCCAUUGGCCACCCUUUUAAAUUCAUUAAAGUAUAUUAUGAAUGGUAAAUACUAUUGGUCAAUGAACACUGCACGUUACGCAAGUCCUUCUUCACCAUUUAUCGAAAUUCAAAAUGCAGUUUCACCAGAUAAUAAAUUAAUCAAUAAUGAACUAUAA